GGCGCCCAUUGGCUGUGGCAGCCCCCGUGACGCGGGGUGGCGACUGGCUCCCGGGUCUGAGGGGCUCCUGCUUGUCAGGUUCUAGGUAGCUCAUGUUUUCUGGCCAGACCUGUGGUCAUUCCCGUGAGACUUUACUGCACAUUUUCUCAAGUGUCUUCCUCAUCCCCAAUGUGUAAUCCUUCAACAUGGACCUGCUACUUUAGCUGAGAUAUGACCAGCAAUGAAUAGUAGUAAGAUAUGUGCUGAUUAGAAGGCUCACAGCGCAGUGUGGAGGAUAAGACAGUGCCUUACAAAAUGGGGUUUGGGAGUGACCUGAAGAAUUCACAUGAAGCUGUGCUAAAAUUGCAAGACUGGGAAUUACGGUUACUGGAAACAGUGAAGAAAUUUAUGGCCCUGAGAAUAAAAAGUGAUAAAGAAUAUGCAUCUACUUUACAGAACCUUUGUAAUCAAGUUGAUAAGGAAAGUACUGUUCAAAUGAAUUAUGUCAGCAAUGUAUCCAAGUCUUGGCUACUUAUGAUUCAGCAGACGGAACAGCUUAGUAGAAUAAUGAAGACACAUGCAGAGGACCUAAAUUCUGGACCCUUACACAGGCUCACUAUGAUGAUCAAAGACAAGCAGCAGGUGAAGAAGAGUUUUAUAGGUGUUCAUCAGCAGAUAGAAGCAGAGAUGAUCAAGGUUACAAAGACAGAAUUAGAGAAAUUAAAAUCCAGCUAUAGACAGUUAAUAAAAGAAAUGAAUUCUGCCAAAGAGAAAUAUAAAGAAGCUUUAGCUAAAGGGAAAGAAACCGAAAAGGCCAAGGAACGAUAUGACAAAGCGACAAUGAAACUUCAUAUGUUGCAUAAUCAGUAUGUAUUGGCAUUGAAAGGGGCACAACUUCAUCAGAAUCAGUAUUAUGACACCACACUUCCUUUGCUUCUGGACUCCUUACAAAAGAUGCAAGAAGAAAUGAUAAAAGCACUAAAAGGUAUAUUUGAUGAAUACAGCCAGAUAACCAGUCUUGUUACGGAAGAAAUAGUGAAUGUCCAUAAAGAGAUUCAAAUGUCGGUUGAACAGAUAGACCCUAGCACAGAAUAUAAUAAUUUCAUAGAUGUUCACAGAACAACGGCUGCUAAAGAGCAAGAAAUUGAGUUUGAUACUUCCUUACUAGAAGAAAAUGAAAAUCUUCAGGCAAAUGAAAUUAUGUGGAAUAAUUUAACAGCAGAAAGUUUACAAGUAAUGUUGAAAACUUUAGCAGAGGAACUUAUGCAGACACAGCAGAUGCUUUUAAACAAGGAGGAGGCUGUCUUGGAGCUAGAGAAGAGAAUUGAGGAAUCUUCUAAGACCUAUGAAAAGAAGUCUGAUAUUGUGCUUCUGCUAAGUCAAAAACAGACACUUGAAGAGCUGAAACAGUCAGUCCAGCAGCUGAGAUGCACUGAGGCAAAGUUUAUAGCACAGAAAGAAUUACUAGAGGAAAAAGUACAAGAAAAUGAUGGGAAAGAGCCACCUCCAGUAGUAAAUUAUGAAGAAGAUGCACGAUCAGUUACAUCUAUGGAAAGAAAGGAGAGGCUAUCCAAAUUUGAGUCUAUUCGUCAUUCAAUUGCUGGAAUAAUUAGGUCUCCAAAAUCGGCACUGGGCUCUUCAACAUUCUCUGAUACGAUCCCUGUAAGUGAGAAGCCCCUGGCAGAACAGGACUGGUACCAUGGAGCAAUUCCCAGAAUAGAAGCGCAAGAUCUAUUAAAACAGCAAGGAGACUUCUUGGUGCGAGAGAGUCAUGGGAAACCUGGUGAAUAUGUCCUUUCUGUAUAUUCUGAUGGACAAAGGAGACACUUUAUCAUACAAUUUGUUGAUAAUCUAUAUCGAUUUGAAGGCACUGGUUUUUCAAACAUUCCUCAACUCAUAGAUCAUCACUAUACAACAAAACAGGUCAUCACUAAGAAAUCAGGUGUAGUUCUGCUGAAUCCUAUUCCUAAGGAUAAGAAAUGGGUUCUCAAUCACGAAGAUGUCACAUUGGGAGAAUUACUGGGCAAGGGAAAUUUUGGUGAAGUAUAUAAGGGCAUAUUAAAGGAUAAAACUGCUGUUGCUGUUAAAACCUGUAAAGAAGACCUUCCUCAGGAACUGAAAAUAAAAUUUUUACAAGAAGCCAAAAUUCUCAAGCAAUACGAUCAUCCCAAUAUUGUCAAACUUAUAGGCGUUUGCACACAAAGACAGCCUAUCUACAUCAUUAUGGAACUGGUUCCAGGAGGUGAUUUCCUGUCCUUUCUGAGAAAGAAGAAGGAUGAAAUAAAGCUCAAACAAUUAGUGAAAUUUUCAUUAGAUGCUGCUUCUGGUAUGUCCUAUCUCGAGAGUAAAAACUGUAUACACAGGGAUCUUGCUGCAAGAAACUGCCUGGUAGGUGAAAAUAACAUUCUGAAAAUCAGUGACUUUGGAAUGUCUCGUCAAGAGGAUGGUGGAGUGUAUUCAUCUUCUGGCUUAAAGCAGAUUCCCAUUAAAUGGACAGCACCAGAAGCUCUUAAUUAUGGGAGAUACAGUUCUGAGAGUGACGUGUGGAGCUUUGGCAUCCUCCUCUGGGAGACAUUCAGCUUAGGGGUCUGCCCAUACCCUGGAAUGACAAAUCAACAAGCCCGGGAGCAAGUGGAAAGAGGGUACCGAAUGUCAGCCCCUCAGCAUUGCCCAGAGGACAUUUUCAAAAUUAUGACGAAGUGCUGGGAUUAUAAACCUGAAAACCGCCCCAAGUUCAGUGAACUUCAGAAAGAGCUCACUGUCAUCAAGAGGAAAAUCACACAGUGACGGAGCAGUGCCAACAACCUCUAGGACCUGGUCCUCCAACAGAGUGACAAUGUUCUUCUUGUUAACAAUGAGUUUAUACCACAUUACCUGCAACAGUCUUCUAAGGUGAUUUUUGUUAUUAACUGUUUUUUUUAAGUAUGUGCCACUUACAAAAAAAAAAAAAAAAAAGCAAAGGCCAAUGUAUUCCAGAAACAGACACUCUUACCAAGGGCUUUACCAGCUCACCCCAGCAAUCCUGCCAUUUCAGGCCAUUGUAAAUAGAAAAGCACAGCCUCUCAGUGGGAGGGACGAUCAGAUCUGUUUCACACCAGGACCACUGAUGUGUCUCCAAGGUUUUCUACUUGAGGCACAGUUCACGGUCAGCUGUCGUGUGCCACAGACCCCCCCCCCGGUCGGUGCCGGAGCAGCGCUGGGAAUGCCAUUGUCUGCAGGACACGUUCCAACCAAAGGUGGCUUUUUGCUCUGCCAAGGCAAGAUUCUGUUUGUAAACAUCAUUUUAUACUGGGAAUUAGUUGGACCUCUUAGGGUUUUUCUCUUCUUCCUUGCCAGAGAGAAGUGCAGUGUGAGAAACAUCACACUCCUGUAUUAUGAGUAAGGUGGAGCUGUUGCCCUGCUCCUCGGUCCGGGCAGCGGACAAUGCUGCAUGGAAUGUCCUCAAAGAGCCCACUCCUCGGGUUGAACCAGCAGCUCUUAAAGGGUGUUUUCUGAGAGCGGUGCCAGCAAGAAGGAAGCUUUGAAUGGGAGGGGGGGUCUGGAGAGGGAGCAGCUAGAGAAAGAGAAGGAAAAUAUAAAAUCUGCCUCCUUAUCAGAGUUAUGCCUUUACAAACACACACACACACACACCUUUUAUCUUACGGUCUGAAUUCACAGGGAAAGUUCUAAAAUGUUUUCGGAAGUUCACAGUUAGAGCCUAAUGGCAGCAAAAAAAUGUUUUAGGGAAACUACAAAGCACAAGUCCACAGAAAUAACAGCCUACUUUUGGUUAAGUACCUUCACCUCAGAAGAGACAUCCCGGUAUUUAAUGCCCUUUAUUUGUAUCAUUUUCCAGAGCUGAAAGAAUUUUGUGAUUCUAGUUUGUAAACACACUAAUGUGUGUACACACAUGCACGUGUGCCUACACACACACACUACCAUCAAGCAGGAGUGAACGGUAAAGAAGUCAAGUGAACAUUAUUGAAGAAGAUACCGGGACAGCUCUCCUGUUUCCACUUUCCCCCUUCAUUUACCCUUACACUGCUACCAGGAAAUCCUCAUCUUAGCUGACAGGUAUGCGAGCACAGUUCUGGAGAUGCUUCAUGUGAAUCAUAUGUAACACAGAGUUAAAAGUAGGAUUCUGUUGAGCUGCAACUCAUUUCUAUUGAGUUGCAUCCAGGGAACUUACCCCAUGUUCUGUAUAUAGUUACCUCUCAGGAUAAAUAUGUGUGUAGGAGAUGGUCACGCUCAGGGGUCAAUGUGGCUUGGGAGCUUUUAAUAAGUGCUCGGGCCUGUGUCCAGAUAAAUAGCACCUUAGUGAUCGUUUGGUUAUAUCCGUUAGAAGAGCUUAUGGGAUAGAAAAUUCCUCCUGCCCUCUCCAGCUGUUCGCUGCCUAUGAAUACCAUCGCACAGAACUCACACCCAGUACCCUAAAGAGUAUAAAGGAUAAUACUGAAGAGAACAAAUGAUAUGUCUAUCAUUUCAACUUCCUUGCAAGUUUUGUACACAUUUAAUAAUUACUACAUCCAGACUAAAAUGAAAACCAAGUAAACUUGCCCUCAAAAAUAUAUUGCAAUAUACAAGCAACUUUUUAAAAAAUCAGCAUUGUCUUCCCUUCUGUCAAAUAUGGUAAAUAAAUGAAAACUUCUUUUGAUGGCCUAUACCGUGCUAAAUCAAAGCACAGACGCAUUAAUUAAGUUCUAUGGUCUUCCGGCACUUGCCAGCCUUCAAAGAAAAAGAGUCAGAUGCGACAUUUUUAUCCUUUGUCAGUAUUUCCAAAUGAACCUCUUCGUAAUAUUCUUUGUUUAAAGAAAACAGCCCCUCAUCACUUAUUAGCCUUAACGCUAAGCUCUCAGCAAGGAGAGGGAAUGACGGUUCUGGCUUUAAUUUUGUGAACAAGACCUGAAGCUUAAUCUUUGCAUUCUGGUGUAAAAAAUGAACAUGGCAUUGAUAUUUCACUCAUCCAGGCUGUUAGAAUUUGCAAUUCAUAUCAUAACUUUGUGCUUAAAGAAGCUUUUCAAAACAUCGUGACAUCUGCAGCAUUUAAAUUCUAUUUUAUUCUUUGUCCCAAAGCAGGCAGCAGUAUAGUUCAGGAUUAAUAACUCAUUGGGAAUCUUUCAGGAUAAGUUGUAUGGAAUAUUAACUUUAAUAUAGGCACAUGCAUUAAGAAAAACUUAUGCAAACCAUUUUUUACUGUUAAUUUUGUUGUGCUUGGAGCAUAAUUUAUUCAUCCCUUCUGUCACUGAUAAUUAUUGGAAUUAUGUACUUUAAGAGGUUAAUCCAUACCCAGAAAGCACACAUAUAAAUACUGUUCUGAAUUUGCAAGUUGAUGUGGGGAAAGAAGGCUUCAGAAAUGCACAAAACCUUAUAACUUGUUUAGUAAGAAGACAGUAACCAAAAUUGCCACUAGACUGAAUGUAAUUAAGCCAGGUCACAAAUCUGUGUUGCUAAUGGAUUUUCCAAGAGUUGCAUUUAUCAUUCCUAUACAGUUCCUGUCAUGCUUCCUUAAAUUUAUGAGUACAAAGUGGGGGUGAGGGGGAGAUAAGCCCAGGCAGCCUGACUCACCUGCAUUUUUCGAUCCUGAAUCACCAACAAACCAUUAUGACAAAUAUUUAGGUAGUUCAUCAAUUUUCAAGAACAGAAAUCUUUUACUGUUAAAUUAAUAUGUAUUGCCAAUAUUUGAAACCUAAAAUGAAUUUCGUAUUCCAUGCAAUCUAAGGUUACUUCCCAAAGCCAAUAUAUUCUUUCUCUUCCAGGAAAAUAAUAAUAAAGGAUUAGUAGGUUUUGUUUAAACUUUUUAAAACCAGAUGCCUUAUUUCAGUCCAUCCCACCACUGAGUCCCCAGUGAAAGGUCUCACGUAAUCAUUUCCCUCUCAUUGCUCAUAGGCAAUAAAGUUCUUCAUCCAUAAUUCAUCAUUUUAUCGCAAAUACAAUAUUACUGAAACAUCUUACUAGCAGAUCAGUAUAGACCGUGAGCCUAAUUGUAUUAGCUAUUGUUCAGGACACAUUUCACAGCUGUUUUUCAUUUGAAGGUUAUUUUUAAAAGAAAAGCUAAUGUUUAGUCAUUGAAAUAGGUUUAAUUUCCUUUAAGCCACAGUACGGUUUUCUUGUCUGUUGUAUUUCGGUUUUGCCAUAUAGUUUUAUAUAGUUUGGCUAAUACCACUAAAAUAACUCUGCGAGAUUGUGUCAAGAAGAAACUGUUUCAUUAUGAUAUAUGCCCCACGCUGAGGAUCUCGUUAGGGGGAUAAACAUAACACUUACAAUGCAAAAAUCAGUGACAGCAUGUUGCUGUCAUUCAGAGUUCUCUCAGACAUUCCACUUUCACAGGCUUGCUUGUGACCAGCAGUGGUUCUCAGAGUACACCUGACAACCUCGGGGAGUAUGCUCUGUGGACACUAUUUUGUGGCCAGGGGUUUUCUGAAGUGAGAUCGAUAUAUUCUGCAGAGGCUGUUUGCCUCAGCCCUCUUCUUUUUACACAUACUCCCUUGAUCACACCACUGAUAUUUUAGAAGUUUCUUACCAACAGAACUGAUUGUCCAUAAGCACUGUCCUGUAAAGACCGACUUUUGUAUUUAGGUCAGAGCCUUCACACAAAACAGAGAGUAACGGAAAAUAAGCAGGACAACAAAGGGGUGAACAUUGAAAAAGACACAUCUUCUUUAUGUAUUAAUAUGUUAAUUAAAUGGAAACAGAUUUUAUAUGAAAGUGAGUUUAUAUUACAUUUCCAUUAUACUAUUAAGUUAGCAUGAAAGUUUACCAUUAAAAUAAAGUUACCUCUUUUAUUACUAACUCUGA